CCCCCCACCAGCCCCCCCCAUGCGCGUCUCGUGUAGAGCCCUGCCACUGAUUGCGCCCGGCCAUGCCAAGCGCGGCGCCCCCUGCGCCCCCACCCCCCUGCACCAUGAAGCCGGUGUAGCAAACAUGCGGCGCGGCGUGCGCGCGGCGACACCCGCCUUGCUCUCUCCACUGCUGCAGCUGUCGCUCGCAGCCGCGGUAGUGGUGGUCGCGGUUGUCGCGGUGUCCGCGGAUGGGGCCUCGGGGCGAUGUCCUCGCGCUGCCGCCGAGGGUGGCUCCUCGCCGGCGGCGAAUCUAUCCGAGCGGCGGGCAGCCCGCGGGACGCCGCGGAGACGACGGUGUGACAGCGAGCAGAGCUGGUGGAACCCUUACUGGAUGCUUCCUGAAGACAUGAGUGGGGCUGAUUGUUUCUGGGAAUCGGCAAAAAGGUGUUCGCGCGGAGGGAGCGUGGCCGAGGCGCUGCAGCUGGCGGUGGUGGCGUGUGGCUCUCGCCUCGAGGAGACCAUGGUCAUGCUGAAGUCCGCAGCGCUCUUCAGCCGCGCACGCCUGCACGCGCACAUCUUCGCUGAGGACGAGCUGCACGCCGGCUUUCGGGAGCAGCUGCUGGCGUGGCCGUUGCGGUACCGGAGGAAGCUGCCAUUCUCGCUGUACCCAAUCACUUUCCCCGCUGACAACGCGGACGCCUGGAGGAAACUCUUUAAGCCCUGCGCCUCUCAACGCCUCUUCCUGCCUCUGCUGCUGCCCCACGUGGGCUGGCUGCUCUACGUGGACACGGACGUGCUCUUCCUGGCGCCAGUCGACGAGCUGUGGGCGCUGCGUCGCCGCUUCAGGGCCUCGCGCCUCGCGGGCCUCGCGCCCGAGCACGAGCUGCUUCAGAUCGGCUGGUACAACCGCUUCGGCCGCCACCCCUACCUGGGCCGCACGGGGGUCAACUCCGGGGUUAUGCUCAUGGAUCUGGCGGGCCUGCGCACCGCGCAGUUUAAGAACGACAUGAGCGCCGUGCCGCUGGGCUGGAGCGAGAUGCUGCUGCCGCUGUACAACAAGUACCGGCUGAACAUCACGUGGGGCGACCAGGACCUGCUCAACAUCAUCUUCCACUACAACCCCGAGAUGGUGCACGUCUUCGAUUGCCGCUGGAACUUCCGUCCAGACCACUGCAUGUACGGCAGCAACUGCGGCGGCGCCGAGCGCGACGGCGUAGCCGUGCUGCACGGCAAUCGCGGCGUGUAUCACGACGGCAAGCAGCCGGCCUUCCGCGCCAUCUACCAGGCGCUCCUGCACUACCGACUUGGCAGCGGCGACCUCGAGUCCGGGCUGCUGGCGCCGGCGCGAGCCGCCAUGGGCGAGGCGGCGCACACGUACUGCGGCCGCGUGCCCCACGUGCUGCUGGGGCAGCUCGAGCGCAGCGCGGCAGCGGCGUCUGCGGAGCCUGCGGAGCCGCGGUAGAGGACUGCGCGUGGACGUCGGUCACUGCUCUCUCUCUCUCUCGCUCGCUCGCGUUCCGGGUUGUGCCUCGCGUCGUCCGAUGUUUCGCUCGACGAACUGGGAGCUUCUUCAGAAUGGAGCAGCGCCCCCCAUUCUCUCUGUUAUCCGACGUCACUUGCUGGCUGCGAUUGAUGUGGGCCGGCCGACGUUACUACUACUCACGAGCUUCGUCAGCCGGUGCACACGGGCUCGCCACUUGUGCGCCAAGUGAUAAACCUGGGUGAGACCACUCUGUAACAGUCCGCUGAACAGACAGGCUUACGUGCCCACUUACUGUACUGCUGUAUGUGUGUGUGCGCGUAUCUGUGCGAGUGUGGGUGUCAACAACAUGCAGCACAACCCAAAAAUCUAAAUCGGGAGCCAUAAAGCACAACCGCGAAAACCGACGUAGUAGAACUCUAUCACUACACGGACGUCUCACGGGAACGCGUGUUCCCGUGAGAACCACCACAGAGAGAACCGCUGCUGUUUUCUAGAUACAUACCUCAGCUGUGCAUCACGGGCUGUCCGAUACACGUGGGAGGCUUGGUUCGAGUCACAGCCACGAGACUUCAGGGCCACCGCUGUAGCGCCCCCUAGUGGCGAUAUAGCCACACGAAGCCCCUCGCCCCGCCUACGCGGUGCAUGCUGGGAGACGCUCUGUGUCAGUCUGCAACCCAGCGCAUGGGGGGGGGGGGUUGAAACCCACAGUGGCAGAGCUUGGAGUUCAGCAGCCACAUUGCGGAUACUUUUUCGGUAUCGGUACAUUUUUUGUGCUGCAUUUUCCAAUUCAGUUUAUUUUCACGUGAAGAAAUGAGUGCGUUCCCUCAACUGAAGCAUAUGGGUUGUGCCGGUUAGUGGCUCCAGGCCAAUGAUAGAAAUUCCACAUUCCCACGGUAGAGGCUGGUAUCCAGAGGGGGAAACCACUUGGCGUCCCAACCUCAGGAGGUUGUGGAUUGGUUAAAUCACUCCCCAGCCCUUCUGCAGGAAUUUAAUGUGGAAAUCCUGUAAGGGUGUGGGCGACUCAGGAUGUUAAUGUCUACAUUGUGAGAGGCGCGUUCUGACCACGGUGCCACUGGGUCAGAUUGUCGCAUCUUGACCAGCAACACUAACCUCUCGUGUAUCAAGACUUCAGUAUUUGAGCAAUAAAGCUUUCAAUUACUGCACGAGCGCUUGCCACGAAUGAAUCACUACACCUUGCCGAUUUCGUCAAGGAAUAAACCAUCAUGCAAACUCC